UUGGAUCUUGAACUUUUUCGUACCACUAUCAGUGCCUAUGCAAUAUCAGAAGACGCCUUUAGAACUUGUUUCCUGACAUGUGGUCCCUUGUGUCCCUUAGUGGAUCACCAAGGUCCAGCAUUGCCGGCAGUCUCUCAGGCCAUCUUCUUCCUCCAUCCUCUUACGAUAUCUCGCACUGGAAACAUGGAUCGUCGUAUUGAUGGGGUAAGUGCCAGUCUCGCAGACACCUUAUGGCUAUUUUCAGGGAAAUCCUUGAUGACCUUGGCCUGUUCCUGGCUGGCGAUUGUCGUGUUCUACCGAUUCUAUUUCCAUCCGCUGGCCAAAUUCCCCGGUCCAAAAUUGGCUGCCGUUUCAAGUCUGUAUCAUUUUUACUACGAUGUAGUUGCGGGGGGAGAAAUGCUGUCCAAAUUGGCCGAGUUGCACAAGGUUUACGGUCCUGUUGUCCGUUAUGGACCAAACUCCUUGCACUUCAGUGAACGCCUGGCAUACAGUGAUAUCUAUCGAACAGGCACUAAUCUAACAAAGGAACCAUUCUUCUACAAAUGUUUCUACUUCACGGAGGCCUCCUUUGGAUUUACAGAUCCUCAGAAGCACAAGACGCGUCGCGAGAUGAUGGCACCCUUCUUCCAUCGGCGUGCCGUACUUCGACUUGAGAGCGUUGUGCAGACAACCGUUGAUAAGCUGAUAUCUCGCCUAUCCGAGAAUGCCGAUGAACCGGUUGACUUUUACUUCGCAUUCCGCGCGGUUGCUCUUGAGGUUAUCGCCACUUACUGCUUUGGUCAAUCCUUUGGUUCUCUUGAUGUUCCCGGUUUCCGUCAUCAGCUUCUCCUCAACAUCGCUAUCCAGAUCCAGAUCCUUUGGGUCUGGAAAUGGUUCCCCCUACUUCCUGUGGUUCUCAUGAACCUGCCAGACUUUAUCAUUCUCAGACUUGACCCUACUUUGCGUGCCAAUCUCGACCUUCGCGACAUGCUCACGAAGCAGAUCGACAAUUUUGUAGACAAUGAAGAUGAUUUAAAGAAUGCACACGAAGUAAUUUACCAUCACUUGUUGCAUCCGAGUUCGGAGAAACAUACGAGGCCUUCCAAGAGCUCUCUCCAUGAUGAGGCCAUGCUUCUAAUUGAGGCGGGAAGCGAUACCGUUGGAAACGCAUGCUACACCGGGAUGUUCUACGCACUCAAUGAUCCCUACAUCUACAAGAAAGUAACGGCAGAGCUCCAAGAAUCAUGGGCCGAUCGGAAUCAGCCUAUGCCUCUGCAAUCGCUUGAGAAAUUACCCUACCUCACUGCGUUCAUCAAAGAAUCCCUUCGCCUAAGUCAUGGGGUAGUCACUGCGUUACCCCGCGUUGUACAGAAAGCAACUCGUAUUUCAGACUAUGCCGUUCCAGCGGGGGUUGACGUUUCGAUGGCCGUAAGCUUCGUCCAUCUCGACCCCGAGGUCUUUAAGGAUCCUCUGCAUUUCAACCCCGACCGAUGGCUCGUUCCGAAUGCCCAUGAGCUAGAAAACUCUCUAGUGGCGUUCUCGCGAGGGACGAGGAUGUGCGCGGGAAUUAAUCUAGCUUGGGCCGAACUUUAUCUUAUCCUCGGCAAUGUGUUCCGCAAGCUGGAUUUGAAGAUAUACGAUGGCGCGAGAGUUGAAGAAUUCGCUCAUUUCAAGGAGUACUUUGUUCCAGUACAUAGAGGACAGAAUCUGAAGGCGCAUGUGGCAAAGCAGUCCGGUUGAGUGAUUUUGGAGGGAGAUAGGCACCUUAUGCCCGAAUUUAUUUUUCGUUACGUAGGAACUGAACAUCGUUGCAACCAUCCUGAUUGCCUCCUGUGUAUGGCUGGACUCACUGCGUAACGUACGUCAUGCUUCAACAUUUUAGACGAUAACAUUACGACGGCCGACUAUCAGAAGCAUCACGCUUGGUUGCCGCUAAUUCACAAGGAACAGCCCUUGAAGUUUUUUUUAGUCCUACAGGACAGACGGCACCAGCCCAGUUUAUACG